GCCAAGACCUCGCCAAAAUGCCGUCUCAAAUGGAACACGCCAUGGAAACCAUGAUGUUCACGUUUCAUAAGUUUGCUGGGGAUAAAGGCUGCUUAACAAAGGAGGACCUAAGAGUACUCAUGGAAAAGGAGUUCCCUGGAUUUUUGGAAAAUCAAAAAGACCCUCUGGCUGUGGACAAAAUAAUGAAGGACCUGGACCAGUGCCGAGACGGCAGAGUUGGCUUCCAGAGCUUCUUUUCGCUAAUUGCUGGGCUCACCAUCGCAUGCAAUGACUAUUUCGUAGUACACAUGAAGCAGAAGGGAAGGAAGUGAGCAGUUACUUUGCCCUGAUAAGAGUUCUCCCAGUGGGUCCCUUAAGGAAUUUGUGCCCCACAGCUUCCCCCUGUAUAAGAAUUUCAUGAUUGGGACUCUUAAAAAAAAUGUACAAAUAAAAUCCCACCCGCAUUGAACAAGAGAAAGAAAAGCCAAUAAAUCCAGAUAAGCUUUUGAUUUUUAUAUUGCUUGUAUCCUCUUGCCCCCCAAUAAACAAGUUUUUUUUUAGUUCC